AUGACGUCCAUCGACGUGGUCGCUCCCGCGCCACUCGCCAAAGUCGGCUCCGUCACGUCGACGUCGCUGCAGCUGCCAACGCCGCCGCUGUCACCGCCGCUCCCAACCCCUCGGACAAUCACAGAGCUGUUGUCCUGGAGGGCGCGGGAGUUCCCCGACGAGCCCAUCUUCGGGUACCCCUCGGACGACCUCGCCUACCUCGAAUACACCUACGCGGACCUCGUGAGCAUAUCCGCCCAGGUGGCGCGGCAGUAUGCGGCGUGCCUGCCAUGCCGUCCCGACUCCAGCCACGAGGCGCGGGUCAUCGCGCUGCUGGGGCCGUCGAAUCUGGACUACUUCUUCACCCUCCUGGCCCUGUCCCGGCUGGGGUUCACGGUGCUGUUUCUGUCGACGAGAAUCUCCCAGGCGGCGUACCUGUCGUUGCUGGACGUCACGGAAUGCCGGCACAUCCUGGUCGAUUCGUCGUUCCGGAAGACGGCCAAUGCCCUGGCGGCUGAACGGGAUGGAUUGGAGGUCAUUGACAUUCUGUCCCGAGAGCGAUAUACCGCACAAUUAGACGACGCUGGGCUACAGCAGCAGCAGCAACAGCAAUUUGAUCUGGAGCAGGAAUCCUCCAAGGUCGCGUGGAUCAUCCACUCGUCUGGCUCGACCGGCCUGCCGAAACCCAUCUAUCAAACCCACAAGGCCGCACUGAAGAACUAUGAAAACAGCCUCAGGAUGCGCGGCUUCGUCACGCUGCCCCUCUUCCACGCCUUCGGCCUCAGCAACGUCUUUCGUGGCAUCACCGCCGUCAAGAAGAUCUACAUGUACAACGCCAGCCUCCCCCUGACCAGCCAGCACCUGCUGAAGAUCCUGACGGACCACCAGUUCGAGAUCUUCCUCGCCGUCCCGUAUGCGCUCAAACUCCUGAGCGAGACGCAGCAGGGCAUCGACGCGCUGGCCGCCUUGAAGGUGGUCAUGUUCGGAGGCUCGGCAUGUCCGGAUGCCCUGGGUGACUUGUUGACUGAAGGCGGAGUCAACCUGAUCAGUCACUAUGGGACCACCGAGACGGGUCAGCUUAUGACCUCCUUCAGACCUGCCGACGACAGGGCCUGGAACUACGUCCGAGAACACGACCGGCUGAAACCCUAUCUCAGGAUGGACCCCAAAGGUGGGAACCUGUAUGAGCUGUGUGUGUUGGACGGGUGGCCCUCUAAGGUCGCCACGAAUCGGGACGAUGGAUCGUACGCCACGAAAGAUCUCUUCGAGCCACACCCGUCGAUACUGGGGGCGUGGAAAUAUUGCGGGCGACUUGACGACACCAUUGUCUUGGUCAACGGCGAGAAAGCCAUCCCCAUAGCCAUGGAGCAGGCGCUGCGACAGGACAGACUGGUUCGCGAGGCGGUGAUGUUUGGAACCGGCAAGAGCCAGCUGGGCAUGAUGGUCAUUGCUUCCGAGCAGGGAGCUGGCAUGGAGGACCGAGAUCUGAUCGAGUCCAUCUGGCCGACAGUCGUGGCUGAGAACAAGCCGUUGCCGGCUUACGCGCAACUGGCCAAGGACAUGGUCAGAGUCCUGCCCGCCGGAACUCCAUAUCCUUGCACCGACAAAGGGUCGCUGAUGCGCCAGGCGUUUUACCGAGGCUUCCACGACGACAUUGAAGAGGUUUAUCAACGGGCAGAGUCGAGGACGGGAGGCACUCUUGUGCUCUCGGAGCUAGAGCUGCGGGAAUUCCUCCGCACACAUCUGCUGGAGCUUUGUCCUCAAGAAGACGAACCCUCGGGCCUGACGGAUGAUACCGACUUGUUCUCACUCGGCGUGGACUCUCUGCAGUCGACGAGGCUCCGAGCCACGAUCUUGAAGGAGAUCCAACUCAAUGGCAACCCGUUGCCACAGAACAUUGUUUUUGAAUAUCCCACCAUUUCCAAACUGGCCACUGCGAUCCUCAACAUCCGCGAUCGUAAAUCUGGCGAGACGCGAGACGUGGUCAAGGAGAUGGAGCUCCUUGUUGAUAAGUACAGCACCUUUCCCCAACAUGUGCCCGUGCCAUCAGGGACGACACAGCACUGCGUCGUUGUCACAGGCGCGACGGGCUCAUUGGGAGCUCACCUUGUUGCACAGCUUGUUCGCCGGCAAGAUGUCUCUGAGGUGUGUUGUUUGGUGCGAGCCAGCUCCGAGACAUCUGCUCGUUGCCGGGUCGUCAAAUCGAUGCAGGAGCGAGCCGUGUAUCACACCAUUCCUUUGGAGUUGCGCCGCAAGAUCACCUGCUAUCCAUCCGACUUUUCAAAGCCAAACCUGGGCCUUGGUGACAGACUCUAUGCUCGCAUUUCCGCAAAGAUCACAUGCCUCGUGCACUGUGCCUGGUCGGUCAACUUCAACAAAAACUUGAGCAGCUUCGAGGCAGACUGCAUCGCGGGCGCCCGGUAUUUGAUGCUCCUUUGCCUUUCAGCCCAACAACCUGCUCCGGCUUCUUUUAAUUUCUGCUCGUCGGUCUCCACCGUCGCGAACACGCCCGGCGAUGUCGUCGGAGAGGCGCUUCCCCAUAGCUUCAAGUGUGCCCAGGGCAUGGGAUACGCACAGUCAAAGCUGGUGACCGAGCACCUCGUCGCCCGAGCCGCCUCUCAAACCGGCAUGGACGCCCGUGUGCUGCGCGUGGGACAGAUCAUUGCCGACACCGCACACGGGAUCUGGAAUGACACCGAGGCCAUACCCCUGAUGCUGCAAGCGGCGACCACAAUCGGGGCACUCCCUGCCCUCGACGAACGUCCCCGUUGGUUGCCGGUGGAUACUGUCGCGACCACCGUCAUGGAUAUUUCGCUUUCGAGCACCACACAGUCAGUCUUCAACAUUGUCAAUCCCCGCACUUUCCACUGGACGGAGGAACUGCUGCCCGCACUGCACAGCGCCGGCCUCUCGUUCGCCCGGGUGAACCAGCGCGAAUGGAUCCGCCGCCUGCGCGCGUCAAAUCCAGACCCCGAACAGAAUCCCACAAUCAAGCUCGUCGAGUUCUUCGCAAGCAAAUACGACAACAAUGUUACGAAGAGGAAGAGCUUCAACUAUGUCACAGCCACGGCAGAACAGAUCUCCCCCGAGCUCGGCAACGUGCCUGCUUUGUCUGCAGAUUUGGUGAAGAGGUUCGUAACGCACUUUAUGAAGACCAGUUGGGCGGCUAAACUGCCGACCGCGGGCGCCCGGUCGCAGCAACAGACUCGGCUCAUCGUCCUGUCCGGUCCAUGCGGCGUUGGCAAGAGCACCCUUGCCGCGGAGCUUGCUGAAUCCCUAUCCUGCCCGGUGAUUGAAGGCGAUGCGGUUCAUGACGCCAUUGCCAUCGCAAAAAUGAGCCAGGGAAUCCCUCUUACGUCUCUAGACAGGCAGAUCUGGCUGAGUCGAAUCAAAAUUGAUGUGCUGGAACGUGUUCGAGCUCAUCAUCUGGUCCGCGGGGAUCGGCCGCGAUCUAGCUGGCAGAAUGAUGGGAGAGAUGUUAUACUGACGUGCUCUGCACUCGCCCGCUCUCAUCGUGACGCAUUAAGGAACAUCCUGUCAGCGUCGAAAGACGAGGCAGAGGCGGAGUACGUCAACACCGUAUUUGUGGUGUUGCAGGCCACGGAGGACGAAAUCCUCCGACGGGUCGCCGGGAGAAAGGGCCAUUACAUGAAAGUUGACAUGAUAGCAUCUCAGUUGGAUGCGGUUGAAAGACCUGGCGUUGAUGAAACGGACGUUUUCCCUGUCGAUACAGAGCAGGGAAUGGAAAUGACCAUCCAGGAGGUUUUGGCCGGGUUAGAUGUUCUAGCGUAG